GAGUGAAAUCAGUGUCAAAUACUCGGCUCACAUGUGAAAGCAGCUCGGACCUCAGUACUCUAAAUUCUCGAUUCGGCUAACAUCAUUUUUCUGUUGUUUUUUUUGGCGUAAAAUUUAAACGUUUUUCGAGGAGCCCUCCGAAACCAAAUCCGUUGAAGAUGUGCGACAAGCCCGCCUGUCCCCCGCCCCCGCGCUGCUGUCCCCCACCACCGCCGCCCUGUCGUCCGCCGCCCACCCUGUGGCAGAAGCUGAACUGCGUGCCCUGCAACCGAUUCUUCUUCUUCAUGAUCGGGGCGGGCAUCGGGCUGUACUGGGACCAGAUGAAGAAGGAGGCCCAGAAGGCUGCCGAGGAGGCCAACAAGUCGCCCAAGGAGAAGGAGAAGGAGGCCAAGGAGCGCGAGAAGAAGCAGAAGGAGAAGGAGAAGGCGGACAAGGAGAGGGCCAAGGCCGAAAAGGACAAGGCGGAGAAGGAGCGCAAGGAGAAGGAAAAGAAGGACAAGGAGAACAAGGGCAAGUAACCCCAAGGAUCCACAAAACAGUAGCGCUAAGGAUCCCCCAAGAUCCCCCGGAGAUGUCAGCAAGGACUACGCUUUGCCCCAAAAUUCCAACCGCCAAUCGUUUCUACAAUCCCCAAAAUUUCAAGUACUUCGAAAUAAUU